UGGCAACACUGUGUUGAUUGUUUGUGGGCGAUUCAUGGUGGAAAAAUUAGUCAACAGUUUUUAGAGAAACAUGAAAAUAUACCUGAAACGACACGCAUAGAGCCAUUUAGUUUAGUUUAAUGGGAAACACGCAUAAUAAAAACUUGGAGCACAAGAAUCAAAAACAAUCUACGCAUUCAGACCGCGACGGCCAGGCGUUCACUAGUCAGUUCAGUCUCUCCCAUUUCGUGGGCAACCUCAGCGGGCGUUCCUUCGUCAGUGUUACGAGCAACCAGUCGGUGUACAGUGCAUCACGGCCUUGGUCUCGCGUCUCGAGGCGAAGAUGGAAUGACUCCACAUUAAAAAAUCCACUAGAAGCAAGCAAGACUGCCUGGCCAGUUGCCCACAAAGAAUCAAUAUUCCAACCUGAAUUUCCCAUCACCACUGACUUACUCCAGAAAGACUUUCAAAUAGAAGAGACAAUAGCCAAGGGAGCGUUUGGUGAGGUUUAUAAAGUAAAGAAGAUAAGUGAAGACAAAGAAUACGCACUGAAAGUGCUCAGUAAGUCACAGAUAGUGAACGAGAGUGCAGUGCGUCAGGUGAAGGAGGAAGCUCGCAUUCAAGCGGCGUGUGGUCAUCAUUCCUUUAUUGCGGGCGCUGUGGCUCGUUGGCAGACCAAGAAAAGACUUUAUAUUGUUUCAGAAUACAUUCCCGGAGGCGAGUUAUUAGCUCUUCUGGACAAGUACGGCAAGCUACCUGAAGAACUCGUCAAAAUAUUUGUCGCUGAAAUUGCUGUUGCUAUUGAUUUCCUUCACAACGCUGGAGUAAUAUACCGAGACUUGAAGCCGGAGAACAUUCUUCUCGACUCAGACUGUCACAUUCGAUUGAUCGAUUUCGGACUUUCCAAGUGGCUCUCCAUCGGAUCGCGCACCACCACACUCUGCGGCACGCUCAAAUAUAUGGUGUGGGAGUUGACUCGUUUGAUAAUUUAAAAAAUGGCUGAGUGCAUCGCUCGCUCGUUAUCCGUAGCGUAUAUGAGGCAGGGAGCGCAGCAGUAACCGUCGCCCGCACAGCCAGCAUGCCGGCGGCCCACUGACGCCGGCACCAUGAACGCUCGCACCAUCGCCUUCGAGCUGUCGAUGGAGGGCAGGCAGGUGGACGAGGUCGUCGCCUGCAUCUUCCACACCGUCCUCUUCCACCGCUCCAGCGGCAAGUUCACUUACAAUAACGAGGAGAGCUACUCCAUCCGCACCGUCAGCUACGUCGAUGUGGAUUGUGACUUUAUAGACUUUACGUACGUAUGCUGCGAAUCCGAUGCGCUCGGUCGCAGUGUAAAGCGCGAGAUCUCAGACUUCUCCGAGCUGCUGCGCGGGCUGGACGCGAGUUCGUCCCCGCCGCGCGGCUCCAUCAGCCUCGAGUUCUUCCAGAAGCGCCGCGCGCGAUGGCCCUUCCAGCCCGAGUGCGUGCCCUGGGAGGUGUGGACCGUGUACUGCGAGCUGGCACGCUCCGACCACGACGUGCACAGCAAGCACGAGAACGUCGUGGAGAUGUUGCAGGACAAGAUCGUCUUCAUCACUGAGAUCAUCAACCGGCACGAGUACGUGCCCAAGAUGCCGAGCCGCUCGGACGCAGAUCUCAUCUUCGACACGUCCUACUCGGACAUCCAGCCGUACCUGUUCAAGAUACAUUACAACCUGUCGGGCGCGCCCCCCACCUCGGUGGGCAACACAGUGCGCAAGCUCAUCCGCGACACUCUAUCGUUGUGAUGCUGGCUGAGCCCGUCCGCUUGCCCGCCCGCCUGUCCGCCAGCUCCAUCGCGCUGUCACGCGCAGCUCACACCAAUCUAAAAAUGUUGAAACAAAUGGCUCCGCGCCAUUGUCUGUCGCGAUAUAUAAUUUUAUUGAAUAUUAAAAAUUGAAAUGUGUGAUUUAUUUUUACUAUGGACAUGUGUAUAUAAUAAUCAUAAUGAAGAAUGAAUUGUUUUAUCUAAUAACACUGUAUUCGACGUUUUGACAAUACACAAACAUCAGAAUCUAUUAUCUGUGUCAUUUAUUGUACUUACGCUUUGUUUGUUGCACAAACGUGUGUCGUAGUUUAUCGUUGCAAUCAAUGUUUUGUGUAACUUUACUAUGUAUCAGCUUUAUUACUGAUUGUUAGCUUGUAUUAAACUUUUGUGUUUCGCGUUCGUGUAGGUGUAUCACAAGUUCCAGCUUAUUCUGUAUGUAUUAUGUACAAUGAGAUGGUUGCAGUAGUUAGAGUAAGUAGGCCCUCUGCUAGGAUGAGCCGAGCCUCUACUAGACGUCGCGUCGCGUCGUCAUUUACUAAUAAUAUUUUAUUUAAUGGAACCUUGUCUGUUGUAAUGUUAGUUUGUAACUUUAGUUGUAAUAUCAGAGCUAUGACUCGGAAGGCUGGUUAAUGUGUCCAUUCAUUUUAUCGUUUAUUUAAGCUUUGGAUUCGUCUGUUGUUUAUUAGUAAGGUUUAAUAUAGAGUGAUUUCUCAAGCAUUCACAGAAGUUUGACGUAGAAAUAAUAGUUACCUAGAAAUUUGAUUGUGUAAGUAAUAUUUAGAUUUUUUAAUGAAUUGUAAUAAACACUUGAGUUUUUGUUGAUGAGGUGGCACUAAAUGUUUAUAUUCUUUAGUACUAACGCUUGUGUGUUUAGUCGCUGGAUUCUAUUAAAGUGGUCAUUCGACUAUUCACUUAUAUUUAAAUGAUCGCUUUGUGAUAUAUCGCCGAGAAUAAUCCUUGAAUAUUUAAAAGAAAAAUGUAAAAAUAUACUGAAUUUCGAUGACGUGUCUGAAUGUAAUGAAGAUUGAUAUAUAUUAUUAAAUAAUAGAUAUUACGACUUAAGUAGUUAUAUAUUGUCAGUAAUCCUAUGAAUGUGUAUUAUAAAUAUUGUAAAUAUUUGCAUUGAUAGUAUAGUAGUCAGUUCACGUAUUCGAAUAGUUCCAAGUGGUUUGUUGAGAGAGCUUUAUCAGUAUAGAAUGUUCUAGAUCUAGGUGAUCAACGAUUGUUCCAUGUAUUGUGUAAAAAUGUUAGGGUAGGCGCGGUGCGAGGAACUUCUCAUGUAGUGUUAAGUAAUGGUGAGAUGAAUAAUCAAAUUAAAUUGUAAUGUCAUUUUUCUUAUAAUUCUAAUACUUAAUUUGCUAUAUAUUUACUUUGGCGAUGUCCUGUUGAAAGUCUUAAUAAUUUAUUGUCGAAUUCUCUGACUGGGUGUCGUCAAAGUAAACAUAUGAAUCCAUGACUUGCAACAGAACAUAUUUUAGGAUAACUUUUUGCUACCUACCUACUACAAUACACGUAUGUAUGUUUUCAUGCCAGAGUCAAAUUGCUUUUAGUUUUCGUUUUGUUUUCUAGAGGACUGUGAACUGAGUCCAUCCAUACAAUUCUGAUUUACUAUCCUACCUCAUUUUGUGACUCUAGCUUUAGUGUAUCACGUCUGUAGGCCUAUCUAAUCACACUUGUACCUACAAAAUAUUUAUCAGAAUUAUUUCGUCACCAAAGAUGAGGCUGUAUAGUGCUUUGCGAUCUUACAAUACAAAUUCUUUUAAAUAUUUUCACAAUUAUGUUAAAAGAUAGCGUGUUCGUGUGCAAUGGCGAUUAUAUGCUGUUACGAAAUAUAUGAAGAAAUAUCGACAGUGCACGCGUAACAUUAUCUUUUACUCAAAGAUUUUAUCAUAUAAUAUUUAUUGUGUAAUCCAUUUGUAAUUUUCAUAUCAGCGAGUACCUUACGAUUGAAAUGAUUCCAAAAUGCUAAAAUAUAGAAACUCUGGUGAUAUCGACAAUAUAUUUAAUUCAGAUACCUUGGAGGUGUGCCUCGUGUAGUGAUAGUGGUAUCCCGAAUGCCGAGCACAUGUUAAGUAAAUAUAUUAUGUCACUGCACCCUCGCUAUGGCCUUAUUUAAAGAUGUCUUAGAAACUAUGAAAUUCACGAAUCGCGUGUAAUAACGGCUGUUACAUAUUAGAGUUUAUGAUAAAUGAAACAGGAAAUAUAUAUGUUGUGAUGUAUAAGUUCAAAAAAGUAAAAAUCUUAGUCUUGUGAUAUAAUUUAUAUAUAAGUGAAUAAAUGAUGAAGUAUUG